CUGUCUAGCUGGGGGUUUGUAUUUAGUACUUGUGUUAUUCUGUGGCAAUCUUUUUUUUUGACAUGGCCCUUGUCAGCCUUUUAAGGGUUUAUUGGAUUUGCCUUUUCCUGUUUAGCAGUGGGACUUCUGCUCCAUUAGCUAGAAGUGGUAUGGAAUUCACUGUUGAAUCUGUGUUGAAACAUGCUCAUCAUCCAGGGAAGAUGAACUGAACCAAGACUCGUCUAGCCUUGAAUAUCUCGAAGAGCCCAGGGCGCCGAGAGCAUCAAGCAGGAAAUCUGGUUCUCUUGACCAAGCUUUGUCCCUUUGGGCCUCUGGCAUGUACAAGCAGGGCUCCAUACCUUCAUAUUAUCUUGCGCUUCAGGACCCUGAUAAACCCCUUGAAUAUUUCACCAAACCUCAGGAACUGUCCAUGACCGGGUUGGUGGACCAGAGAGCUUCUUCUGGUGGUCCCAGCGAAGAUGUGCCAGAAAACGAGGGACAUCUCAUUGAGCCCAGGGCCCUCAAGAAGUCUCCCGCCAAAGCCUCCCCCUCGGUCUCGAUGUCCAAAGAAGGCUCCAUACUGCCAUUAAAUCCCUUGCAACAGGGCUCCGGUGGAGCAGGUGCGCCCAACCAAGAGGCACCACAGGGAAAGGGAGUGUCUGCAGUUGUAGCCGGUGCUCAUCAACUGAGCUCGGGGACCUCUCAAGAACUCUCCGACUGGACCAGACAAGCCUAUUCACCGAGCAAUGAAGUUGACUCUGAGGUGUCCGCCUUCUACCAGCAGGGUGAAGGCUUUGAAGCUCUUCUGCCUCAGUUUGAAGUCUCUGACCUGCAGGAGCCUCAACAAGGCGUCAGUGAGCCCAGGGAACAGAAGAGGUGCCAUGCUCUUAGCCAAGCUUCCUCCAUGUCCAAACAGGGCUCUGGUGGAGCAGGUGUUUGGGAGGUUCCUGAGCUUGAGGCAAAAGACCUAUCGAACUACCUGACCGCCUGGAACAUGGAAGGCUAUUCACCGAGCAAUGAAUAUGACUCUGCGUUGGCAGCCUUUUACCAGCAGGAUGACGGGUCUGAAGUCUCUGACAUGCAGGAGCUUCAACAAGGAGUCAUUGAGCCUUUGGGUGAUGGUUCUGAAGGCUCUGACAUGCAGGAGCUUCAACAAGGAGUCAUUGAGCCUUUGGGUGAUGGUUCUGAAGUCUUUGACAUGCAGGAGCUUCAACAAGGAGUCAUUGAGCCUUUGGGUGACGGUUCUGAACACUCUGACAUGCAGGAGCUUCCAUCAGGCGUCAGUGAGCCUUAUCCACCCAGCUUCAUUAUCCAGAUCGGGAGUGGCUACCAACGGUCCAGACUGAGUGCCACCUCAGACCAAUACUCCCUCAACCAAGGUCCUGAGGCAUUUGGGAUUUAUCCUGAAGACUGGGACAACUACCAGAUGCCAAGCUCUAUCAAGUGAUCAUGUAAUGUGAACUCUGAGCAUUUCCCUUGGAAACGCCCUACAAACAUUUCUUGCCGGGUUUUCAGUAAAGUAAUUCAACACAAAGUUUGUGGUCGUAACUCUACCAUGCAGGACUCUUCAUUGUGCCCUUAUGGUCACUAGUAUAUACUUUGUAGUUCCCUUAUAUAUCUCCUUUAAGGAAUACCUGUGGUAAUCUUUUGUUCUGUUUGCUACUGUUCGAGGACCCCCCGCCCCCCCAUGUGGUUCACCAUGGUUUUACGUUCGCUGAUAGUCAAUGUAUGACAAGUGUUGCUAGCAAAUAUUGGUUGGAAAGUAUUGUAGGGAGGGUUCCACAAAUUUGGUUGUCUGGGCACAUUACCCUAUGGCUAUCAUUGACCUUUUUAGAAAAUUCUGCCUCUUUUUCAAGACUGGCAUUAAUGUAGUGUUGCAGUAGUUUUUGUUGGUCUAAACCUAUCAAAGGUUUAGGUUGAGCUGAACCUAUCAAACUAUAAUUAAAAUGUUAAUUGCUGCACGCCACCUGUGGCUUUUCUGGGCACCUCCCUAGCGUAGAUGCAGGAAGACGUAAAAUGGGUAAUUGUAUGAUUACAAUGAGCCCGAGUUGACUUGUAUUUUUCAUAGACUUUAAAUUAUGAAAUAAGAUCUGGUUCCGAACAUACUCUUGGGACCAUAACUCUGUUCUCUGAUCAAAUGACCAGGAAGGUCGGUCAGGAGAUCAGAAAGUGACACAUGGCUGUGGAUCCAUAAAUAGAGAUGAGUUAAACGGAUCAUUCUAUAGGGGGUAAAAGACAAUGAAUUUGUCAGGAAACUGCGUUCGAGGUCCACAGCAUAACCUCUUGGCCUUUUCAGAAAGACAUUCGAUUUCACUGAAUCACGGGUGAAAAUCUAACCCUAUAGGUGUGGCAUCUUCACCAUUCCGGCCAUGCCAAUAAAAUACUUUUUACCUCAAGAGAUUCUUCCUAAUCUACCUCCAGUU